AUGCAAGAAUACUUUACUCGUGUGGUGUUCAAGGAUGCUCCCAAUGCUCAACUUGGCCUAACCUUGGUGGGAACAACAAUUGAAAUUUUCGCCAACAUGAUGGGUCCUCUCUACCAAUACCUGACAUCUCGCUAUGGUGUGCGACCUGUUCUCAUUCUGGGCACAUUUUUAGUAGUGCUCGGGUUGGAAAUGUCAGGGUUUGCAACAAAGAUCUGGCAUCUUGUCGUUUUUCAGGGGGCGAUUUUUGGCAUCGGUGCCAGUUUACUUUAUGUCGCUGCCAUGAUGGUGCCAAGUCAAUGGUUCAAUCAUAGGGCGUCGUUGGCAAUGGGGGCUGUCACCAGUGGAUCCUGCCUUGGGGGUGUUACAUUGCCGUUUCUCAUGACAGCGAUCAACAAUCGACUGGGUGCUGCAUGGACCUAUCGCAUCGUAGGUUUUGUUUGUCUUGGUGCCAAUGCUGUCACAUGUUUGCUUGUCAAGGAAAAAUUUCCAUCGAACGUCAAGGUCAAGGGGCAUGAAAACAAUGAGCAUCUUGAACAAACCCCUACCUCUGCUGCUGAUAAUGACAAUGACCACCACCAACAACAAUCAAAGCAGCAUCACCAACAAGGCGAGAAAGCUCGCAACAAGACAUUCAAUCUCGAGGUCUUUAAGAAUAUCAACUUUAUUAUUUGGAUGGCAAGCGGCAUUAUCAGCACAGCUGGCUACUUUAUACCAUUCUUUUUUGUACCAUUACAUAAAGCAUAUGCAACCUAUUUAGGAUUAUCAACCUCGGAUGGUACAUCCCUCAUGGCCAUUACAUCGGGAUCCAACUUUUUUGGUCGCAUCUGCACAGGAUACCUAGGGGAUCGGAUUGGGCGCUUGAAUGCACACAUCAUCAGUACGCUGAUGACAGUGAUUAGUCUUUUGGUGCUGUGGAUGGUUGCCGAUACUUACGCCAAGUUGGUUGGGUUCGCAAUCAUGUUUGGCUUUGCUUGCAGCUCCUUUUUUAUCUUUUUGACUCCUGUCACAGGCCGGAUUCUCAGUGUUGAACAAGUACCCACGGGUAUUUCAUUGAUGAUCUUGUCGAACAUCAUCAGUGUUUGUGGCCCACCCCUUGCUACGGCCAUUCAGAAUCAGGUCCAUGACAAGCCAUAUCUCGUGCUUAAGCUAUUCACGGGUGUAUGCUACCUCGUAUCCUUUGUAUUGCUCAUGUUGCUCAAGAUCCGAAUGACUCGAAGCUUAACUUCCAGAAUUUAA